CUUUUGCCAAAGAAACGGUUGCUUGGAGUCUAGCAGUCCUUGUCUGAAUUGGGUACGUUGGAAAAGAAAAAGGAAAGUGGAUUUGGUUCCAUUUCAUUGAUCCUCAGUUAUGUCUGUUUAUAAAGACGAAAGCGAGUUUGACGCCCCUUGGGAAAACAUUUCAUCGGCAUGGUUGCGAAGAUACCCAAAUCCUUAUAGCUCUCACGUUGUUUCUGCCGACGUUUUAGAGCGCUACAUCGAUGAAAAAGGCCGAUUGCAUACAGAACGACUUUUAGUCAAGCAAGGAAGAGUCCCUCGAUGGGCUUCGGAACUCUUAAACGUGAGUAAAUCUUAUAUUUUGGAAAGAUCUAUAAUUGAUGCAAACAAGCGUGAACUCUUAAGUGAAACCUUUAACAUUGACCAUCUCAAACUCCUUAAGGCUAUGGAGUAUAAUAGAUACCAACCUUCCCAAGAAGACAGCUCAAAAACUUCUAUAACCACAUUAGCCCAAUUUGCUUCUCCUUUACGGCUGGGCUUGGGACGACGGGUGCAAAAGUAUUGUCUAAAGCGUUUCCCGGAACAGCUCAUCGGUUCCCGACGUGGUAUAUUGUACGUUUUACAAAAAUAUAAAUCCUUUUCUUAAGGAUUGUAUAAUAUUUUCCUAAUUCCUAAUUUCAAUUUUUUUUUUUGAUACUCUUCUCUUUACCAUACCCUUUUUUCUCCUUUUCUUUUUUUUUUUUUUUUUUUUUUUGUGUUUCCGCUGCUUAUAACUUAUCCUAAUCCAUCGAAUACAAAUUCCUUAAUUUACGCAUAGAAUUGAGGCAUUCAAAAAAUCAUAUUCUAAAUUCACGCUAGACUUUCUUUUUGUACCUAUACAUUUCACAUUCAAUUCAGUUGACUUAAUAAAAUUAAUCUAAUGAACAAAUUACACAACACUCAGAUUGGAAUAGG